AUGAUGCAUAAUGAACCAAUCCAAACACUUCCAUCAAAUGCAUUUCUUGAUUUUACUAAUCAACCGCCACCAUCACAACCCUCAUCAAUAGAUCUAUCGAAUUCAACCAAUCAACAACAACAAUACUCAAAUUUUAUACAUAAUACAUAUCCAACAUCACAAGAACAAUUCUAUCCAUCACCAUAUUCCUAUCCAUAUAAUAUACCAUAUUCAUCAUUAGGUAUUGAUUCGAAUCUUGAUGAUAAAUGUCAUUAUGAUAAUCCACCAAAAUUAACAUUGAAAGGAAAAAAAAUUCGUAAACCUAGAACAAUUUAUUCGAGUAUGCAAUUACAAGUACUUAAUAAACGUUUUCAACGUACACAAUAUCUUGCUUUACCAGAACGUGCAGAAUUAGCUGCUUCACUUGGACUUACACAAACACAAGUGAAAAUUUGGUUUCAGAAUAAACGAAGUAAACAAAAAAAAGUUGUUAAAAAUGUUAGUCAUCAUUCAUCGUCGUCUUCCCAACCCUCUAACCCGAACCUAUCACCACAUCAUCAUAUAUCACGAUCAAUAAACAAUAAAUCUAGUGAUUCUAUGUUUUUAGUAAAACAAGAACAACAACCAACAUCAUCAUCGACAUCAUCAUCAUCAACAAAUUCAAAUUCAUUUAUUAUUGAUGCUGCAUCAUCAUCAUCCCCAUAUGGACAUGGAAUAGAUUAUACAAAUAAUCCAAAUAGUUUUUGGUCAUUACCACCACAACCACCAUAUACGACUAGUUAG